AAACUGACCCAACAGAAACGUUUCACCUCCGAUUUUCUGCGUCACAAGCCAGUUAGACCAAUCGCUGUGAUCGUUAUUGGAAGGUGCUGGAGUUUCUCGGAGGUUGCCGUCAACAUGUCUUCAACCGAGACUAAUAAUGGCCCGAGCCAAGCGGCACCUUAUGCAGCUGUACCCCCUGCAGUGAUACCUCCUCCAUUUAUGGGACCACCAGGAAUACCUCCUCACUUUCCGCCUAUGGGAAUACCCCCAAUGGCACAGCGACCACCCAGCAUGACUCCAAUGCCACCAGGGAUAAUGCCACCAGGCAUAAUGCCACCAAUGACUGCUCCACCAAUGGGACAGAUGCCAAGCAUGAUACCGCCCAUGAUGCCGGGCAUGAUGCUGCCCCCUCGUAUCCCAGCUGCAACCGUGCAACCAACGGGACCACCUGGUGUUGAUUCCACAGUUCCUACAGCCGCGGCACCUGGAACAACUAGUGCAACAAAUGGAUCCCCACAGGAAGAACAGCCAAAAAAGAAAUCUGUGUGGACAGAACACAAAUCAUUAGAUGGGAAAACUUAUUAUUACAAUACAGAAACCAAACAAUCUACAUGGGAGAAACCAGAUGAACUGAAAUCACCUGCAGAGCAAAUGCUGUCUAAAUGCCCCUGGAAGGAGUACAAGUCUGACACAGGGAAGCCUUAUUAUUACAACUCUCAGACAAAGGAGUCCAGAUGGACCAAACCCAAAGAGCUGGAGGAUCUGGAAGCUAUGAUCAAAGCAGAGGAGAGUGGAACUACAGAGACGGCGGCCCCUGGAACGAUUGCAGCUCCUACAGUGCAAGCCGAUAAAAACGCAGCCACUAUGGCGACCGUAAAGGAGGUGGAAACUGCAGCGGCAGUCCCCGAGGAGCAACAGUCCCAGGUGACCGUGCAUCAAACAGCUGAGGUCAAGGCUGUGGAGGCACCUGUGACUUCCUCAGAGAGCGCUGUUGUCACAGAGAGCAAACCCAGCGUCGAAGUCAUAGAAGAAGAGCGACCUGAACUUCAGAAGAAAACCUUUAAGUGGAACACAAAAGAAGAAGCCAAGCAGGCCUUUAAAGAGCUGCUGAAGGAGAAGGGUGUUUCCUCAAACUCCUCAUGGGAACAAGCCAUGAAAUUGAUUAUCAAUGAUCCCCGCUACAGUGCGCUUCCUAAACUGAGUGAAAAGAAGCAGGCGUUUAACGCCUACAAAGUCCAAACCGAGAAGGAGGAAAAGGAAGAAGCCAGGAUUAAAUACAAAGAGUCCAAAGAGACCUUCCAGAGGUUCUUGGAGAACCAUGAAAAGAUGACGUCCACCACCAGAUACAAAAAAGCAGAGCAAAUGUUUAGUGAGCUGGAAGUAUGGAGCUGCGUUCCUGAGAGAGACAGGCUGGAGAUCUAUGAAGAUGUGCUGUUCUACCUGGCAAAAAAGGAGAAGGAACAAGCCAAGCAGCUGAGAAAGAGGAACUGGGAGGCACUGAAGAACAUUCUGGACAACAUGGCUAAUGUGACAUAUCGCACCACCUGGUCUGAGGCCCAGCAGUAUCUGCUGGACAACCCAACGUUUGCUGAGGACGAGGAGCUGCAAAAUAUGGAUAAAGAGGAUGCCCUCAUCUGCUUUGAAGAGCACAUACGAGCUAUGGAGAAGGAGGAGGAAGAAGACAAGCAGAAGACUCUCCUCAGGGAAAGAAGACGACAGCGCAAAAACAGAGAGUCCUUCCAGAAAUUUCUGGAUGAGCUUCACGACCAUGGCCAACUUCACUCCAUGUCCUCCUGGAUGGAGAUGUACCCGACCCUGAGCUCUGACAUGCGCUUCAGCAGCAUGCUGGGUCAGCCUGGUUCCACUCCUUUGGACCUUUUCAAAUUCUAUGUGGAAGACCUGAAAGCCCGUUACCACGAUGAAAAAAGAAUAAUCAAAGAUAUCCUCAAGGAUAAAGGCUUCCUGGUGGAAGUGAACACCAGCUUUGAGGACUUUGGAUCCGUCAUCAGCUCGGACAAGAGAGCCACUACUCUGGAUGCUGGAAACAUAAAGCUGGCCUUCAACAGUUUACUGGAGAAGGCUGAAGCCAGAGAGAGGGAGCGAGAGAAGGAGGAAGCCCGCAAGAUGAAGAGGAAAGAAGCAGCUUUCAAAACCAUGCUGAAGCAGGCCACACCACCGCUGGAGCCAGAGGCUACAUGGGAGGAAGUCAGAGAAAGAUUCCUAAAAGAGGCCGCCUUUGAAGAUGUGACGCUGGAGUCAGAGAGGAAGAGGAUAUUCAAAGAUUUCAUGCAUGUCCUGGAGCAUGAAUGCCAGCAUCACCACUCCAAGACAAAGAAGCAUUCAAAGAAGUCCAAGAAACACCACAGGAAGCGCUCACGCUCUCGAUCAGCUUCAGAGUCAGAGGAUGAGGAGUACCACAAGAAGAAGAAGAGGUCCCAGUCCAAAUCUCCCUCUGAGCACUCUUCUAGUGGAGAAUCUGAGAGAAGCUAUAAAAAAUCCAAGAAACACAAGAAGAAGGGCAAGAAGAGGCGCCACAAGUCUGCCUCACCGGACUCCGACGGCGAGAAAAAAGGAAGAGAGCGUGACGGGAAGCGAGAGCGGGAUUCAGAGAAGGAUAAAGAGAACGACAAGACUCGGGGGAAAUCUCGCUCAGAGUCUAAACAGAAAUCUCCUAAAAGGAAAGCAGCCAAAGAGGAGGGUGGCUGGGACACGUCGGGCAGUGAGCUGAGUGAAGGAGAGCUGGAGAAGAGAAGAAGAACUUUACUGGAACAGCUGGAUGCCCCUUGAAACUGUUUAUGCUACUGUUUUCUGCUAUUUGAACACUUCAACAAGCACGCAUUUUCCCACAGGACUGUGUUGCCUGCCACUUGCUGUGAGGAAACAUGCUAUUAAUGGGAAUGUUUUACACUUUUAUUUUAUGAUGGAUUUAAUAUCAGGAAUCUUCUCACCUGAUCCGUCUGUAAAUGUCCAGCUGUGACUCGUUAGCUCUGAAUAUCUUCUUUAGGUGGCAGUAGAUGUUUUUCAUUGCCAGUCAUUUUUAUGAUUUCAUUUCAAUUAAAGGAAUAUCUUAAA